AAAAUUAUAUUUAUUUGAAAAAUAGUAAAAUGGGUUCUAUUGAUAAAAAACUGUUUACUCCUGGUCCUCUCAACUGCUCACUUUCAACCAAGGAGGCAAUGUUAAAAGAUCUUGGGUCUAGAGAUGAAACAUUCAUACAGACAGUCAGUGAUGUCAGACGUGAACUGCUGGAGAUUGCAGGUGUGUCCGAACAUGAUUGGACUGCUGUUCUCAUUCAGGGAAGUGGCACUUAUGCAGUUGAAGCUGUUCUUCAAACAUCAACCCCCAGAGGUGAUGGCAGAGUUUUGAUUUUGGCAAACGGAGCUUAUGGUUUACGGAUGGAAACUAUGUGUAAAGUGGCAGAUCUAGAGUUUGAUUCAAUUCGUUCAUCUGAGAUCCUACCUUUUAACAUUUCUCAGGUUGAGGCCCAGCUGACUAAUGGGAAAGUGUACACUACUGUCUGCAUUGUUCACUGUGAAACCAGUUCUGGAGUCAUCAAUAAUGUUGAGGAGGUGGCUGAACUAGUUCGGAAGCAUCAACCCUUAGCAUUCAUGUUUGUUGAUGCAAUGUCUAGUUUUGGAGCUAUACCACUAGGUUUAACCAAUAUAGAUUUCCUUGUUUCAUCUGCAAAUAAAUGCUUACAGGGAGUUCCGGGGUUUGCCUACGCUAUCUGCAGAAAACAAUGCCUAGCAAAGUGUGCUGGGAACUCAAGAAGUUUGAGCUUGGAUCUGGAACAUCAGGAAAGAAAUAUGAUUGAGACGCGACAAUUCAGGUUUACCCCACCCACCCACACUAUACUGGCAUUCAAGCAGGCUCUACAGGAGUUUAAGGCAGAGGGAGGACUUCAGGGUAGAGGGGAUAGGUAUGCUGCAAACUGCCAAAUCAUGAAAAGGGGAAUGAUCAAACUUGGAUUCAAAUCAUUAGUCAAAGACGAGUAUGCUUCCAACAUUAUCAGCUGUUUCUUCUAUCCUGAUCAUGAAAACUUCAAGUUUAAAACCUUCUAUACAGCACUCUCGGACAAAGGGGAGAUCAUCUAUCCUGGAAAAGUUACGGAUUCUCAGUGCUUUAGAAUUGGAAAUAUCGGAGAUUUACACAAACAGGACAUGGAUAGACUUCUUGUAUCAGUUGAAGCUGUACUUAAAGAGAUGGAGAUUCCUGUACCUGUACCUGGACCUGUACUUUAGAUUAUUCCUGUACAUGUACCAGGACCUGUACUCUAGUAGAUUUCUAUACAUGUACCAGGACCUGUACUCUAGAUUAUUCCUGUACAUGUACCAGGACCUGUACUCUAGAUUAUUCCUGUACAUGUACAAGGACCUGUACUCUAAUAGAUUUUUGUACAUGUACCAGGACCUGUACUCUAGAUGAUUUCUGUACAUGUACCUGGUCCUGUACUCUAUUAGAUUCCUGUACAUGUACCUGGACCUGUACUCUAGUAGAUUCCUGAACAUGCACCUGGACCUGUACUCUAGAGGAUUCAUAUACCUGUACAAGGACCUGUACUCUAGUAGAUUCCUGUACAUGUACCAAGACCUGUACUCUAGCAGAUUCCUGUACAUGUACAUGGACCUGUACUCUUGUAGAUUUCUGUAUAUGUACCUGAAUCUGUACUCUUGUAGAUUCCUGUACAUGUACCUGGUCCUGUACUCUUGUAGAUUCCUGUACAUGUAACUGGACCUGUACUCUAGAUGAUUCCUGUACCUUAGUGUACAUGUACCAGGAUCUGUACUCAUGAUUCUUGUAUUUUUUUAUACUUUAGAGUUUAGAGAUAAAAAGUCUAUAUUAUAUAAAUAUUAUACAUGGUUUGAGGUCCUUUAUAUAGUUAGAAUUAAUAAAUAAUAAAAAAAUCUGUUAAAAUAACAAAAUAUAUACGGAAUGUUU